AAUGCGCUCCAUGCAGGGGUGAUAUGCGCUGUGUGUUGAGGCGCUACGCGGAGAUGGCGUUUUGAGGCCGUAAAUCGUAUGGGAUUAACGGCCGUGGACAUUGCGUUGGUCGGGACAGUGAUAUUCGCGUGCAAUUUUCGUGCAGUGCCCGUUACGUGGAAUUGGUCGUGGUUAAUGCAGUAGCGGCAAGGUUGUGGUCAUCUGAUAUUUUCAGGGAUUGUAAAGAAAGCUUCGAGAUAGGAGCUUAUCUGGUUUUUGUGGCACCUUCCGAAGUUCGGACCCUCUAUUACGCUACAUCCGGUGUCUGCAGUCCGACCAGAAGGCGACAAGAUGAAGGCCGAGGACAUGCGUCUUCUGCGAUAGGUUGUAUCACAUAGGAACUGAGCCAGCCAACCAUGUGGCACGAGGCCCGCAAGCAAGAGCGCAUGGUCAGAGGCAUGAUUGUCGACUACAGAAAGCGUGCAGAGCGUCGCCGCAACUUUUAUGAGAAAACCAAGCAGGACCCCACACAGUUUUUGCAGGUCCAUGGCCGGCCAUGCAAGAUCCACCUGGAUCCAGCGGUGGCCAUGGCGGCCGACGGACCCAACAGCAUGAUGCCCUGGCAGGGCGACCCCGAGGUCUUCAUCGAUAGGUUUGACGGCCGGGCGCACCUGGACAUGAUAAGCGAGGUGCGUCCGAGCCCCCUGGCCUCCGACCUGGACGGUCUGCCCCUGGCGGAGGCCGAUCAAAUCAACUUUGAGAGGUACAGGAUUCUGGUGCAAAAUGAAUUCGCUGGAUUGUCGGAGGAGAAGUUCCUGCAUCAGCUGUACCUGGAGGAGCAGUACGGCAGCACGCUGCUGCAGCAGGCGGCGCGGCGCGACGCUGAGACCGACAAGCGCCGGCUCGCCGAGUCGCGCGCCGCCAUCGGCUACGUGUACGACGACAGCGACCCGCCGCUGCCGCCGCCCCAGCCGCCGCCGCCGCCGCCACCGCCGCCGCCGCCCGACGACGACGACGAGGAGGACGACAGUGACGACGACAUUGACCUCGACAUGAACCUGGAGGUGGGCCAGCUGAGCACGGAGCAAUACGGGGAGCUGAACACGGUCGGCCGCACCUUCAACCUCAGCACCACCGGCUUCAUGGACCUGCUGGUGGCCGACCAGCAGGAGCAGGAGUCGGCGCGCAUGGCCAAGCUGGAGGAGGAGGAGAAGCAGGCGCUCUCGGGCAAGAAGGGUCGCAAGGAGCGCCGGCUGCUGAAGGAGCGCAAGAUGCAGCAGCACUACCGGCCGCCGACGGUGGUGUCGGUGCCGAGCUACGCGGCGCCGCGCGGCUCGCCCUCGUACGCGCCUUACGCGGGCCCGACCGGCGAGGGCACGACAGCCGGCUCCCGGAGCCGCUCCCGCUCCCCGAGCCCGCCGCCCAACAAGGUGGAGUUCAUCACCAGCUUCGGCCACGACUCCGACUCGGACGGGGAGGCGGCGGCGGUCGUGGCCGGCCCGGUCAGCGGCCCGGCAAACCUGCCGCCUGAGCAGCGCGCCCGCCCGGCCCCCCGGCGGUGA